AACUGUCACCAAAGAUGUGAGUACGUCAUCAUCUGUGUCCAUGACUGUAACCCAAGCCUGGUCUGCACAACUACUGAACACCUCAUCUACAGAGUACGUCACCUUCAAGACACAGACAGAACAAGCUUUGACCACGAGCAUGCUGAAUGUUGUUGGGUUUUCUGGAUUGGAAGUUGGACAACUGAAACAAUCUUCCUCAGGACAAGUGCAGGUGAAGUUGCGCAUUGUUGCAGCUGAGUAUUCCUUAACACAGGCGCAGCAGUCGUUUGUUAGCGUGGUGCAGUCUGGGAAUGUUGGCGGCAUCUCUGUUGAUGCUACAUCAGCUGCGAUUCAAAAAGAUGUGACAACCUCCCAGACUGCUGAGGUGACCUUGACCCAAGCCUGGUCAGCUGACCUUCAGAACACGACCUCAGUGGCCUUCACUACUCUACAACAAGAAGUGCAGGAGGAUCUAAGUGUGGAGUUGGGGAGUACUGUGGGCUUCCAGCGUGCAGUGGUGGUGGAGUUCAAGCAAAGUACCACCAACACAGUUGUAGCAGUGACUCGUCUUGUUGUGGCCACCUAUGCUGCCAGCUCUGCCCAGGCUGCAUUUGUUCAGACAGUAUCAUCCGGACAGAUUGGAACAAUCGCAGUCAACGCAUCAUCAGCAACUGUCAGCAAAGAUGUGAGUGCAUCCUCCACAAUGUCCAUGACAGUCACUCAGUCCUGGUCAGCUGAUCUGCUGAACAGUUCUUCUACUGCCUACCAAGCUCUGGUGGUCAACAUAGAGAAAAGUAUGACUUCUACACUGCUGGCUACAGUUGGCUUCCAGGCAUUUGAGGUGGCUCGAUUCAAGCAAACGUCUUCAGGACAGAUCGAGGUUGUGGUGAGAGUGGUAGCGGCUGAGUACGCUCUUGCUGCAGCUCAGGAAUCCUUCGUCACUGUGGUACAGACUGGGAGUGUUGCUGAUCUCUCAUUGGAUGCUACAUCAGCUGUUGUCAAAAAGACUGUGACUGCUUCCCAGACUGCCCAGAUGACCUUGACCCAGGCUUGGUCAGCUGACCUUCAGCAGACGUCAGCAGCAGCCUUCACCACACUCCAAACUCAAGUGCAAGAAGCGUUGACUGUUGAGCUUGGGAACACUGUUGGAUUUCAGAGUGUCAAUGUCGUGUCUUUUGAAGAAAGUUCUACAUCUACAGUGACAGCAGUGGUCAGGUUGAUUGUCGUGUCCUAUGCUACAACGACUCUGCAGCAGUCCUUCACUCAGGUGGUCAGUUCUGGUCAAGUGGGGACAAUAACGGUCAACAAGACAUCAGCAGUGGUCAAGAAAGAUGUUGGUUUGUCGACCACGGUGUCCAUGACAGUUACCCAGUCCUGGUCAGCUGACCUCCAGAACACCACAUCUCAAGCCUUCGUCACUCUUCAGACACAGAUACAGCAGGCUAUGACUACGAGUCUUCAGACCACAACAGGCUUUCAGGCUGUGCAGGUUUCACAGUUCAAACAAACGGAAUCAGGUAACAUACAAGUCAUCCUGCGGAUUGUAGCAGCAGAGUACUCCCUGACUGCAGCCCAGGAGAGCUUUACAACAGUGGUGGAGACUGGGAGUGUGGCAGGGGUUUCUGUGGAUGCCUCAUCUGCUGUGGUACAAAAAGAUGUUACGGUGUCACGUACCCUUCAGAUGACCAUCCAACAAGCCUUCACUGCAGCCUUACAGGACACGUCAUCACAAGCCUUCAUUACCUUACAAACACAAGUACAGGACGCUGUAACAGAGGAGAUGUCAGCGACUGUUGGCUUCCAGCGUGCUGUGGUGGCUGAGUUCAAACAAGAGUCUAGUAGCACAGUUGCAGUGAUCAGAACUGUCAUGGCCUCCUAUAGUUCCAAUGAGGUACAGAACGCCUUCGUCACUGUGGUAAAGAGUGGGCAAGUCGGGAACCUGGUGGUCGAUGCCAACUCUGCUACCAUUAAACAAGACGUGACGGUGACUCGUACAGCAUCAGUCACCCUUACCCAGGCCUGGUCAGCCAACCUGCUAAACAAGGAGUCUACAGAGUUCAAGACACUACAAACACAAACAGAAACACAAAUGACAUCAGCUCUGCUUGUCAUUGUAGGCAUCCAAGGAGUUACAGUCUCCGAAUUUAAAGAAAGCUCUUCCCAGGUCCAGGCUGUAGUCAGACUGGUGGUGGCAGAUUAUGCCUCCAAGUCUUCACAGAUGUCGUUUGCGACUGUUGUGAAAACUGGCAAGGUUGGCACCAUAAGUGUGGACCCUGCUUCAGCAGUUAUAAAAAAAGAUGUGAGUGUGACCUCCACGACCUCCAUGACCUUGACCCAGCCCUUCACUGCUGCCCUCACCAACAGCACAAGUACAGCAUUCAUCGCCCUCAAGUCUACUGUGGAACAGUCGAUAUCAGAGACCCUGAUUCAGACCGUUGGUUUCCAAAGAGUAGAAAUUGUAGAGUUUGUACCAUCACAAAGUGGGCAGGUCCAGGCCAAGGUGAGAAUGGUGGUGGCAGAUUUUGCGACGACCUCUGUGCAGACGACCUUCACCACAGCUGUCAAAACUGGCAGCGUGGGAGCUCUGACGGUGGAUCCUAACUCUGUCGUCGUGGAAAAGGAUGUGAGUACAACAUCCACCAUCUCCAUGAAGAUGACCAGUGUAACGUGGAAUGCAGCAUUGUUGGACACCACAACCGAGACCUUCAGCAGUCUCAAACUCGAUGUGGAAGAAUCACUACUGCUUGUGAUGGUGUCAGUGGUGGGAUUCCAGCGAGUGGAAGUGGCUGAGUUUAAAGAAUCCAGUGGAAAUGUGGAGGUGGUUUUGCGUAUGAUGGUGACUAGUUAUGCCUCAGCCGGUGUGACUGCAUCCUUUACCCAAGCUGUUACAACGGGCAGCAUCGGAACUAUCACUGUAGACCCCACAUCUGCUGUGGUCGCUAAAGAUGUUAAUGUGGCAACAAAAGUGGCCAUGACAGUUACCCAAACAUGGGACCAACAACUGACCAACAUAUCGUCUACUGCAUACACUGAGCUGAAGACUCAACUAGAAACUUCAUUGCAACAAACAUUCCUGGUCAUUGUGGGUUUUCAGCGAGUAGAAAUACAGGAGUUCAAGCAAGUUGGCAGUAAUAUCCAGGUCAUCAUCAUCCUGGUGGUUGCACAGUACGCUACCACAUCAGUCUCCACGUCAUUCAGCUCUGUCGUGUCGUCUGGAACUAUCGGGACUAUCACUGUCGAUGUGAACUCUGCAACUGAAGAGAAAGUUGUGCCUGUAACACGCAGUACAACAGUUUCACUGACAGAGACGUGGAACGCUGCUUUACUGGACACAUCUUCUACUGAGUACAAAACUCUCCAGACUAAAGUGGAGAACUCCUUCUUUGAGGUGUUUGUAGUUAUAACUGGAUUCCAGAGGGUCACGGUUGUUGAGUUCAAAGAAAGCUCGGGUGUUGUGUCUGUGGUUCUGCGGAUAUCAUUGUCCUUUGAAGCUUCUUCGUCCUUCGUCACCACCAUCAAGACUGCCGUCUCCUCUGGAACAAUAGCCGCCGUGUCUGUCAACCCUGCCUCUCUACAACUGGCAGUGGACAAACGUGUAGUACAGCAGGCCACCUUCAAACUGACUAAUCAGGCCGGCUCCAUACUGUCCUGGUCAGCCAACCUGCUGGUGCCCACUUCAACAGAGUUCAUCACACUCAAGAAGUCAGUGGAAACUCAGUUCUUCCAAACCUUUGUAAACAUCAAUGGCUUCCAGUCAGUUACCAUCAAGGAAUUCCAGCAGUCGAGUGAGAGUGGGAGUAUUACAGUCAUUUUCUAUAUCAUCGUGGCAGAGUUUGCCACAACCACUGUUUCCACAACGUUUACCACAGCUGUACAGACUGGAACUGUGGGAACACUUACUGUGAUCACAACUUCAGCUGCUGUCACUGUCCCAGUGGAAAGAACAAUCUAUGGUAACCUUGUGGUGUCCAAGUCAUUUGACUGUAACCUUGUGGACAAGACAAGUUCUAACUACACUGGGUUUGUCAGCCAGUUUACCACAAAUGCCCCGCAGGCCCUUCCAGUUAUACCAGGGUUCAAGAGUUUUGAAGUUCUCUGGCUUGGAACAUGGAGAGACGGUGGCAUUCUAGUAAACAUGAAGCUCAAUGUGAGUGAGGCCACGACAAAAGACAACGUCCAACAGUGGAUGAAAACUAUCGCAGAAGGAGGAGACUUCGGUGACCUGAAGUUAAAGGUCGCGUACGGGACAACAACAUCAGAAAAAGAACUCCCACAACCAGCACAAGCAGACUUCCAACUCCUAAACAUCACUCUAUCAACAUCAUCGCCAACACAGAUCUACCCAGCAGGACGCAUUAACACUAUGUUUAACUUUUUCAUCAAGAAUUUGGGGAAUGUAGAUGUUGGGGUCACACCGAAUGGAUUUGCUACGUUUAAAGCGUAUUUGACGAAUAAUGGAGAGUUGGAAUCUGCGACGGUGAAGUCCAAUGCUACAGAUGUCAGUGUUCCUGUCAGCUCAGAGGCUCUGCUGCAUGUAGGAGUCCACAAAAGGGGAACGGAACAAAUAGGAAUGACGAACGUGAUUGCACCACUCCAAGUCCCAGAGUCCAACUGUGGUGACUUCACCCAUGUCUGCAUCAGCGCUGUGAUAGCGGACGUGCCAGAUUUCCUGGACUACCAGCCGUGUAACAACGACGUGUGUUAUGAGCUGAAGGCUGUGGGAGCGGGAGGGGGGCUGGAGAAAAACUGUCCACGCUUGACGGGUAUAUGCAGCCCUGCCUGCCAUGCUGAUGCCACCUGCCAUCGUGAGUCGGGUACUCCCACAUGUGAAUGUGAUCAUGGAUAUACAGGAGAUGGACAGACAUGUACAGAUAUAAAUGAAUGCAGCACAAAUCCAUGUGACACCUCAGGGAACCAAGUGUGUAAGAACCUGGAGGGGAGUUUUGAGUGUGACUGUAAACCUGGAUAUAAACUCAACCAUGGGGCAUGCGUCUAUUGCUGA